AUGGAGUUUGUAAACGUGAUUCACAUACCAAUAAUAAUGGAAGCUAAGUUCUUUCGCUUUCUUAAGAUUGUCGGUGUUGGUUUCAAAGCCAGAGCUGAAUUAGAAGGUCGGCUCUUGUAUCUCAAGCUGGGAUACAGCCAUGAGGUUGAACUUACUGUGCCUCCAGCUGUUCGUGUGUUUUGCUUCAAACCCAAUAUGGUUUGCUGCACUGGAAUUGACAAACAAAGGGUACACCAGUUCGCUGCUGCUGUUCGAAGUUGUAAGCCUCCUGAAGUUUACAAAGGCAAGUACCUUGGAAACCUUACAAUGCUGGCCAAGUUGAUCAAAGUCCCACACUUAUGCUUCAAGGAUAUAAGAGAUCCGGAGCAUCCGUAUUCUUUAGAACAGCUCAGUGUUCUUUCGGAGGAGUCCAUCACUGUCGAUGAGAAGCUUGGGCGCAUUUUGAUAACUUUCACACCUACAAUCCAGCACUGCAGCAUGGCGACAGUCAUAGGUUUAUGCCUUCGAGAGAAACUAAAGGAUUGUUUCCCUCCACAUUUUAAGGUAGAUAUUAAAGUUGCUCCUGGAUCUCAUGCAGAUGAAGAAUCAGUCAACAAGCAGUUAAAUGAUAAAGAGAGAGUUGCUGCUGCCCUGGAGAAUCCAAACCUUCGCCAACUCGUGAAUGAGUGCCUUUACUCCAGUGAACUUUGA